CGCACCCAAAAUUCAGCUUGCCCCAACAUCCCUUGUCAGCAACGAGUCGCAUGAUGGCUCAGUUAUCCCGAUGGAGGUUGGUAUCACUUUCUCACCCGGCUGAGAAAUUGCGGCGCAGCUCGACUUUCACACUCCUGCCAAAAACACUUCUCGUUCUCCCAUCGCGUUUUGUCUGUCAUCAUCAUCUGAACUUUCCAGUUCUCAACUCUGAGAUUUCACCAGCUUCAAUUGCCAAGUCAAGUAACAAGUGUCACCCCCUGUGUACGAUCGACAUUGCGUUUGAACCCUUGGACCAUCCCCAGACCCGUGAGAACCUCAACGCCUCGUCCUCCGUAACUUGACCCCACCGUCCCAGAUUCCCCAGACUGCGCGGUAACGACAGUUCCGUCGUUGUGCAUCAACAACAAUACCUGUUCACCAAUCUGCCAUCUCGAACUGAAUCGUCAUGCUACUCUCAUUACGUUUCCUUAUCCUAACCAUCAGUCUCCUGGCCUGCUUGGCCUCCGCCCGCGACGUCCCCUCCAACUUACAAAACCUCUACACCAAACUACUCAAGCAAAAGAAAUGCAAGCACCCUCUAGCCUCGGGCUUCUACAGCACCGCAGACGGCCCCAAUACCUACUCUUACUGCGGCGACCACCUCUCCGAUUUCCAGAUCCUCUACAUCCGCGGCCGUGGCCGUGGCCGACUAGCCAACAUGGACGUGGACUGCGACGGCAUCCAAGGAGGGGCUAGUGACGACGGAAGAUGUUCCAUCGGUGUGAGCGCGGAUUACCAGUCAACUACGGCCUUUCAGGACAUGGUGGCGGCGUAUAACGUUUCGGGGGUCAAGGAUCUGAACACGUACGUGCAUCCGUACGUGGUAUUUGGGAAUGAAGUUGAGAACGACAACAACAAGGAUUCGAGGGGGAAUGUCUUUGAUCCGAGGGCGUAUCUCGUUGAACCGCUCAGCGUGAUGGCGGUGGUGUGCGAUGGGGGCAGCAAGCUGGUGUAUGGAGUGUGGGGCGAUACGAAUGGGGAUGAUGGGGAUAAGAGCAUGGUGGGGGAGGCGAGUCUGGCGCUCGCGACGGCGUGUGGAGGGAGAGCGAUGAGUGGGAGUAAUGGGAUUGAUGAGGAGGAUGUCUUGUAUUUGGCGUUUGUGGGGUCGGAGGCGGUGCCGGGCAAGAUGGGGGCGAAGUGGGAUGCGGGCAGUUUUGACGAGUUUGAGAGGAGCAUUGAAGGGUUAGGGGAUCAGUUGGUUCAGAGGAUUGCGGCGGAUGGGAAGGCGUCGGGGAUGGUGAGGGCGUCAUGGGGAUUGAUGAUAUGGAUGUUUGUGGCUUUGGUGGGUGGUCAUCUGGGAUUCUGUUGGAUUUAGGGAGACAUGUAUUAUGUAAUUCUAGCGGACAUGGUGUUUGCAAUCGACGGAGGAAUCUGAUCUGGCGUAGUUUUCGAACGGGCAAAUAUCUCACGGAAUCAAGAUGAUCUUAUAAUGCCGCUGCGGUCUUGCGGAGGCGGUGCCGGAGACUAUGGUUCCCAGCUGCACAAUAAGGCAUCACUCGACGGAAAUUUAUACCUACAAAGUAUGCAUGGAAACACCAGUUUCUUGCACCUCCCCAGAGCUAUACCUAUGACCAUUUCACAGCCCGGUCUUUGACUGCCCUA